ACCACUACCUUUUAGGCCAUCCAAGAGGUGACAGAGGCCCUCCCUCUCGCCAUGCUCCCGGCUCAGGAGGCAGCCAAAAUCUACCACACCAACUACGUGCGUAACGCCCGGGCCGUAGGCGUGCUGUGGACGGUCUUCACCAUCACCUUCGCCGUCAUCACCGUGGUGGUGUUCAUCCAGCCUUACUGGAUCGGGGACAGCGUCAACACGCCGCAGGCCGGGUACUUCGGCCUCUUCCACUACUGCAUCGGCAACGCGCUCACCUCGGAGCUCACCUGCAAGGGGAGCGCGUUGGACUUCGGCUCCAUCCCAUCCGGCGCUUUCAAGACGGCCAUGUUCUUCGUGGGGAUCUCCAUGCUGCUGGUGGUGGGCAGCAUCGUCUGCUUCAGCCUCUUCUUCUUCUGCAACGCGGGGAGCGUUUACAAGAUCUGCGCCUGGAUGCAGCUGGCCUCGAGCACAUGCAUGGUGAUUGGCUGUAUGAUCUAUCCUGACGGCUGGGACUCGGACGAGGUGAAGCGCAUGUGUGGCCAGCGGACUGACAAAUACACCCUGGGCAACUGCACGGUGCGCUGGGCGUACAUCCUGGCCAUCAUCAGCAUCAUGGACUCGCUCAUCCUCUCCAUGGUGGCCUUCAGCCUGGGCAGCCGGCAGGACAAGCUGCUGCCCGAGGACUUCCAGGUGGAGGGGAAAGAUAACGACUAGGCUGGCUGUGGGCAACAGAGGGAAGAGAUGGACGAGACUUUAUGGGGAGUACUACUGACUGAAAGGAUUCUCCAAGGAUUCAGGACAAUUAGUUAAUCUAAAAAUAAGUUCAUCUUGUCCUUGAAAUUAUGACAAUAGACUUUGAAAACAUGGGAGUAGUCACUAUCCAGCCUCCAGCUCAGACCUUGCAGUCUUAGAUGAGCUAACUCUGUAUUUUGGACUAAAACAAAGGAAUUAACAUUCUGUGGACUUUUCUGCAAAAGAUUUUGUUACUCAAAUACCAAUGUAGAGCAGCUCCUUGUUACUUUAACUACAGUUAACAUAAAUGCUAAGAAGACUGUGCUAACACCAUUAAAAAAGUUAAUUUAAUCAUUAACUUUGAAAACAGGUGUUUCACGUAAAUGUAUUAAGGAGUACAGAGUGAUUUUUCUAAUAAAGUCCAAAUAAAAUAUGCUCCAAACAGUCCUCAAUGUAAACCCUAUGGCCUUGGUUCAUGGAUCUGUUAGUGUUUAGUAUGGAAUAAAAUCUUCCUAUUGAA